GUUGGGUUGUGUGGCAAACGCGCUGCUUUAUCAACAGCCACACGUGUUGCAUUCGCCUACAACCACAUACACGCACGCACACACACAGACACACGCAUACAUACGUGAAAAACACGCAAAUUACGUUACGUUACGUAUACGCCGUGCCUGCCAUUGCCCUCGAGCGUUGACUGCGACAACAAUUACGCGAUUUUCUUGGCGUGUGAGAAUUAAUGCAAGAAAAUUAUGUGAAUUACAAGUGAAGUGUAACAAACGAGAUUAAAUACUCCAAAAGCAAGUGUACAAAAAAGUAAAAUAAAUACACAACAAGCAAAAAAAAAAACCCAAUAAAGUAUUAAAGCACGAGCUUAAAGCAAAAGCCACAAGCCGGAGAGCAUGUUAAAUAGUUUGCACAAUUUUGUUAGAACGACGAACAUCAUCAAUGUGAGUGCUGCGUGGCUUGUGCUGUGCUGCUAGCUCCUGGGGGCAAUGAAAUCGAGGAAGCUGCCAAAGGUUUGUGGCCUCAACUGUUUGACGCUCGUCUACUUCCCGGUGCUGGUCUUGCCCAUAUUAAAAUGCACAGUUGUUGCCACUGCCAAUGCCAGCAGCAGCAGCAGCGGCAGCAGCGGCGGCAACAGCGACUUCGACUAUCGCAUGCAACGGGUGCGAAAUGUGCUGAAGGAAGUGCCACUGAUCGAUGGCCACAACGAUUUGCCCUGGAACAUACGCAAAUUCCUCAAGAAUCAACUGAAAGACUUUCACUUUGGCGGCGAUCUGCGCGAGCUUGCCCCCUGGUCAUCGAGCGCCUGGAGUCACACGGAUCUACGGCGUCUCAAAGAGGGCAUGGUCUCAGCCCAGUUUUGGUCCGCCUACGCGCCCUGCUCGUCACAGCAUCUGGACGCAGUGCAACUGACAUUGGAGCAAAUCGAUUUGAUACGACGUCUAGUGCAGCUCUAUCCCCAUCACAUGGCUCUGGUCACCACCGCUGCGGGCAUCGAGCAAACCCAUCGCACUGGGAAGAUAGCCAGCCUCAUUGGAGUCGAGGGCGGCCAUGCGAUUGGCACCAGUCUGAGUGUGCUUCGAAUGUUCUAUCAACUGGGCGCACGCUAUCUGACACUAACACACACCUGCAAUACACCUUGGGCGGACUGCUGCAAAGUUGACGAACCGGGAAAGUAUCCACACAUCGGUGGACUCUCACAGUUCGGCAAGCUGGUGGUCAAGGAAAUGAAUCGCCUGGGCAUGAUUGUUGAUCUGUCGCAUGUGUCGGUGCCAACAAUGCUCGAUGCCCUCGCUGCAUCGCGUGCCCCGCUCAUAUUUUCGCAUUCCUCGGCUCAUGCCAUAUGUAAUAGUUCCCGCAAUGUGCCGGAUCAUGUGCUGCAGCGCAUUGCCAUUAACGGCGGUCUCGUUAUGGUUGCGUUUUAUCCGCACUUUGUCAGCUGCUCGGGACAGGCGACACUGCACGAUGUUGUGGCGCACAUAAACCAUAUACGAGAGGUGGCUGGCAUUGACCAUGUGGGCAUUGGUGCUGGCUACGAUGGUGUCAAUCUUGUGCCGAAAGGCCUGGAGGAUGUUUCCAAAUAUCCGCAUCUUUUUGCCACUUUACUCGAGUCGGAUAAAUGGUCAGAAGGGGAUAUUGCCAAGCUGGCUGGCAACAAUCUUAUACGCGUCUUCAAGGAAGUCGAAGCAGUGCGUGAUCAAAUGGAAUUAUUGCGAGUUCCGCCAAUUGAUCAGUCAAUUCCAGCCGAGGAUAUUAUGGGCAGAUCCUACUGUCGCUAUCAAGGACCAAGAACGUGAUAAUUUCUUCAUAUGUAAAAACUGAAACCAACACACACUCAAUACAUACAUUCAUACUAGUCAAACACACACACGCACACACACUCCGGGAAAAGAGACAAGAAAUUAUGUCAAGCGUACGUGUUGUAAAGUGAAACUUGUUUUAGGUUAAUUGACAAAGUUGUUUCGUCCUAACAUGUGAACAUUUGUUUUCAUAGUGUGUUCGUGUACAAGCCAAGGUAUGUGUGUCGUCGUAUAUAUGUAUAUGUAUAUGUUCCCUUGUAUUUGAGUAUGCGUACACAGACUUUCAAUCGCUCAGACUCUCCACGUGGCAGCUGCUUCCAGGCAACAUUGUGCACAGCUGGCAGUGCACAUAAACAAAUACAAAGUGGCAUAGAGCCGCCAUACUUCACACACACACACAGACACACACACAAACACCCACCAUAUCCUCUCAUCCCAGUUCAGUAGGUACAGCACUGAGGUUACCAUAGCUCAUCCAACACAUUGUGUAAAUAUCAUUGCCAUGUUUAUUUUCAUCUUUAGCACUUAGUAAGGCAACAGGAUCCGCAAAGAACGAAAGAAAGAAACAAAAAAAGAACGAACGGAAAAAGUAGUUAAACCGGAAAGGAGUAAAGCAAACUUCAAGAAAGAAAAACGCACAAGCAACAAAACGAUAGACAAAAGCCUGGCUAAGUAAACAACAUAAUAAGAAAAGUGAAUCGCUCCUAAGCCUCGAAUUAGUAAGCAAACAUAAAAGAAAAGAACAAAACGAAAAAAACUAAAUAAAUAAAUAUAAAAAGUGAAAGUGCGAUCGUUGGAUAUAAUCCUGUUCCAGGCAACAGAAUAUAUACAGUUUUUCAUUGAGUAUUUUUUCUAUGAAAAAGUUAUACUUGUAUUAUUAAAAAUAUUAUAAAAACAAAAAAAAAAAAUAGCUACAAAUUUGUCUAUCAAAGAGUUAUAUUUAUGUGGCUAAUGAAGAGUCUCUCGGCUAUAUAAAUUAGGAUAUGUUUUUUUGCGAACAUUGAAAAUUACUAUGUAGUAUAGGAUUUCAAAGAGCUAAACUUUAAGCGCAGCUCUGUAAAAUUAAUUUCGAAUUAAGUUGUGUUAUUAAAAAUAGAAUCCAAAUGUGCGCCCUUCAUUAGCCAUUUGCUAAUUCACUAAAGAUUCAAAUUACACAAAGCGGUAUUUAAUUGCAUUCAUGUACAACCGUUUUAUUUCACAGUCGACUUAACUAGAAUGUUUUAUUUAAUUACUUAAUUAAAAUUAAACAAUUAAUUAGCCAGAGCUUUUCGCACACACAAACAUACUCAACAUGGACAGAUUUUAUAUAGGCACGUUCCACAUCAUUUGGCAAUUUGUACAAAGUUUUUGUUAUAGUUUCUAAUCAAUAUUCGGAAAUCACAAUCCACUAAAUAUUCUAUAAUUAAUAAAUUCAAACAAAAGUCAACCCGCCAAAUAAAAAAAUGCAAUUAAGUUCACAAAUCAAUUUAAAAUCAUAAUAAAAAGGAUUUUUAAACAAAUUCUAAUAAACACAGAAACUGAACAAAGGUCAAACUAAUAAAUUAUUUUUGUUUACAACCAUGAACAAGAGAGAUAUCCUCAUCCUGUCAAACGUCCUUUUUGACAUUUUAAUGGGCAUGGUUUGUUUAGUUUGAUUCAUCUUCAUAAAAGCGUUUUUGAUGGCUCCAAUAGAGCUGUCAAUUGCCAGGUUAUUGAAAUUUUAGCUAAUCAUAUUUGGUUUUUUUUUUAUCACUAACUUUUAAAUAACCGAAUUGUGUUUCCUAAUUAGUUUUCAUAAACAAACUGUCAGGCAAUGAUUUGACUUUCAGUUCCACUACCACAUAUUUUCAUAGAAAGAACAGGCAACCAGAACAUCCGAAAUACCAUGACAUAUUUGAAGUUUGAAUGAAACGAGGUGAAGUUAAGUAGUACACAAAAUAAAAAGAGAGACAAAAACACAUGUGAUCAAAAAUUAUAUUAAAUAUAUUAUUAUAAAUAUUACGAUUAUUUAAUAGCUAAUGAGGUUUACAGAACUACAACAACAACACAACAAGAACAAACACAACUACUGAAAUGAAAACAAAACAUAUAAACUAACUAGUUAAUACCUAAUAAUGAAAUAUGAAAUAUCUAAAAUAAUAACUACUGAAUUUGCAGCAAAGAGCAGAAGUCAAGCUAAGAACAGUUGUAAAAUUUGCCACAUAAACGAAAUAAAUUUAUUGAUUUAAUCAUAAUACUAUAAAUUUAAUUGUAAUAUUUAAUAAACCUAAAUGUACUCCUAUAGAAAAUCCAGAGAAUCCAGAAAAACCAGUUAUACAAAAUACAUGUAUGUACUAUAUGUAUGAUCACAGCUGAACUCCACAAAAAAAAGUUGAGAGUUAUGCAGCAUUCUAACUUGUAAAUAUUUGUAUGAAUAAAACUAAAACUUGUACGAUUAUGUGUAAGGCAUAAAGAAAACUUAACAUAAAACGUUGUGGAUAAUAACCUAAAAACAAAACAAGAAAAAAAAUCGAAAAAAUUCAUAAGUGUAUUACGGGAAAUUGUCAUAAGUGGCCAGUGGAAAAAACAAAAAGAGAAAUAAAGAUAAAUACAUAAAAAAA